AUGGGUGGGGAAGUUCCAUUUCGCCCCGCUCCCCCAGCUAUACCCCAGCUAGCGGAGCGCCCGGUCGGCCAACGCAUUAACAAGCUCUACACUGAUCGUCUGAAGCAGUUCACUUCAGAGGGUCAAUACGAAGGCCAGAACCUCAUCUCAAAAUAUUACGAAGCCACAAACUCGGAUGAAGAACAUGUCAAGCUCUCUGUUUACUCCGUGCCAAACCUGGAGCGACCGACCUUCGAAGAUGCGACCUCCCAGGAGUUCAAACCAACCCACAUCGGCGCUUCGUUCGGCCCCAGCUGGUCCACGCAUUGGUUCCGGAUUCACCUUACCGUGCCUGAGGAUAUGCUACAACAUGAACAUCUGGAGUUCCACUGGGAUGCCAACAAUGAAGGGCUGGUGUGGACGGAGGAUGGUCGGCCGCUGCAGGGUUUGACCGGCGGCGGAGAACGCACGGAGUUUAUUGUUCCAAAGGAGUGGCUUGAUGGCAAAACGCACAUCUUUUACAUCGAGAUGGCUUGUAAUGGUAUGUUUGGCAAUGCCCCGGGCGGGGAUUCCAUUCAACCACCCAACCCCGACAAGUACUUCACGCUUAGCACUGCACGUAUCACGGCUGUAAACCUUGCUGCAAGGGCACUCUUUUAUGACUUUUGGAUCAUCGGAGAUGCCGCCCGAGAAUUCCCCGGUGAGUCGUGGGAGGCACACGAGGCCAAUGUCGUGGCGAACUCGAUGAUUGAUGCCUUCAUCGCCGGUGAUGGCAGUACCGAGUCUAUCAACGAGGCACGCAAGCUUGCAAAGAAGUAUCUCGGAGGUAAGGUUGACUCCGCAGAGGUCUACAACACAGACACACAGCCAAUUGUCUAUGCCAUCGGCCAUUGCCAUAUUGAUACAUGCUGGUUGUGGCCCUGGGCCGAAACGAAGCGAAAGGUCGCACGCUCAUGGUCAAACCAAUGUGAUUUGAUGGAGCGUUACCCUGAGCAUCGGUUUGCAUGCUCGCAGGCUCAGCAGUUCAAAUGGCUGAAGCAAUACUACCCAUCCGUAUUUGAUCGCGUGAAGCGCUGGGUGAAAAAGGGCAACUUCCAACCAAUCGGUGGGAGCUGGGUCGAGCAUGAUACAAACAUGCCGAGUGGCGAGUCUCUUGUCAGACAGUUCUUGUAUGGACAGCGGUUCUUCGAGGCAAACUUCGGUAAACGAUGUACCACUUUCUGGUUACCCGAUACUUUUGGGUAUUCUACCCAGAUUCCGCAGAUCUGUCGUCUAGCUGGAAUGCCGCGCUUCUUCACUCAGAAGCUCAGUUGGAACAACAUCAACAACUUCCCGCACACUACAUUCCAAUGGGUAGCGCUUGAUGGUAGUCAAGUGAUGUGCCAUAUGGCUCCUUCGGAGACCUACACCGCGGAGGCACACUUCGGGGAUGUCAAGCGCAGCGUAACUCAACACAAGUCGCUGGACACGGAGAAGUCCUCAUUGCUAGUGUUCGGAAAGGGAGAUGGAGGAGGUGGUCCGACUUUCGGACACCUCGAGAAACUCCGCCGCUGCCGUGGUCUUAGUGACCAGGUUGGCACACUGCCACGGGUGAAGAUGGGCGAAUCAGUUGACGAUUUUUUUGCAAAACUCGAAGCGAAAGCUGCCUCCGGCACAGAUUUCGCGACCUGGUAUGGUGAGCUAUACUUUGAGUUGCACCGGGGUACAUACACAACCCAGGCAAACAACAAGCGCAACAAUCGCAAGUCCGAAUUCCUUUUGCGCGAAAUAGAACUUCUUGCCACCUUUGCCACUCUUCAGGCCUCUGCUGGCGGAUACCAGUACCCUAAGAAGGAGAUUGAUCAAAUGUGGGAAGGAACUCUGUUGUGCCAAUUCCAUGAUUGCUUGCCAGGAAGUUCCAUUGAGAUGUGUUAUGAUGACUCCGACAAGUUGUAUGCCGAAAUCUUUGACAUUGGCACAAAGCUGCGACGCGAUGCCCUCGAGGCUCUAGGUAUCACAGGCCGAGGCGCUGGCGGGGGCCUGAUUGCCCUAAACACAUUGCCGUGGCCUCGAUCGGAGAUUAUCCGGAUGCCUCCAGGUCCUCCUGCUUCACCUGCGCCCAAAUAUGCCAUAGUGGACGGAGCAACUGGCGUGAUGCAAUGUCGCCAGGCUGACUUCAGGGCCACUCGUGCGGUUACCGUAUCCGAGUUCAAGCCUGGCAUCUUCCGUCUGGACAAUGGCAAGCUCAGAGUGGACGUAGAGAAUGGGGUCAUUACGUCUCUUUACGAUGCGGGUGCCGAUAGAGAGGUCGUUGCCAAGGGCCGCAAGGCCGGACAGCUGGUCAUCUUUGAUGAUAAGCCCCUCUACUGGCAAGCAUGGGACGUCGAAGUAUUCCAUCUUGAGUCUCGAAAGGAGCUUCCUAGCGGCAAGACCACGAUCUUGGAGAAUGACCCACACCGUGUGAGUGUUGAGACUUUGACGAAGAUCAGCGACAAGAGUUGGAUCAAAACAACAAUCAGCUUAUCCUCAUCUACUUCCGAUGAACUAUCAUACGUUGAGAUGGAGAGCGAGGUGGAAUGGCAAGAGACCAUGAAGUUCCUCAAGGUUGAGUUCCCUGUUGAUAUUGUCAACACCGAAGCAUCCUAUGAAACACAAUAUGGUAUCAUCAAGCGUCCAACUCACUACAACACAAGCUGGGACAUGGCUAAGUUCGAAGUCUGCUGCCACAAAUGGGCAGACCUCUCUGAGAACGGAUAUGGAGUCUCAAUUCUGAACGACUCCAAGUACGGCUUUGCGACAUGUGGCAAUCUCAUGCGUCUCUCGCUGCUUCGCGCCCCCAAGGCCCCAGAUGCCCACGCAGACAUGGGCCGUCACAAGAUUCGCUAUGCCAUCCUUCCCCAUGCUGGCGCUCUUGAUGACCGGACAGUCCGUGCUGGCUUCAACUUCAAUAACCCCCUUGUCGUUGAAAAGGCCAGUCCCAAAGCAUUGGCUUCAAAUGCCAUAUUCAAGGCCUUGGCUGUAAAGGGUGCACCUUCCUUGGUUCUCGAUGUGAUCAAGCGCGGCGAGGAUGAUGCUGAUGUUUCCCAUGAUGGGGUUCCCACUCGUCCUGGCAAGAGCGUGAUCCUUCGAGUCUAUGAGUCAUUAGGCGGCAAGGCUCGCGGUUCUAUUGAGACCGCCCUACCAGUCAAGAAGGCUUUCAAGUGCAAUAUCCUUGAAGAUGAUGAACACCCUGGUCUUGACAUUGAAUCUACCGACGGUGGCUCGGUUAUCAAGAUUGAGUUGCGGGCUUUCGAAGUUGCUACCUUCCGACUGCAACUGUGA